UACGCAUCGGUUCACGAACGAUCGCUGCAAACCUUCUCGCCUUUCCGCCGCCACCGAUUCCCGAUUGCCUUUGCAUCAUCACCUACAUCACAUUACUGGAAUCAUCAAAAGCCUGCAGCUCUCAUCGCGCUACGCACAUCAAUAAAAUCGAUCAAUGAGCAAACCCACUUCCACUCCCAGCUCAGCCACCCCUCAAACUGCCAACGCUCUGAAGUCUUCCGCAUCUGCUUGGGCACGCGGUCCACCAUCAACGUCCGGUACUCCCUCCCAAUCUGUCGUCAACUCGACCACCGCAUCUCCCAGCGGUACACCUCAGUUGAGCCAAGCAUCGCUGCCAGUCAAUAAUAAGGAUGCUUCUAGCAACACCAAGACCAUGGCCGGCCCAUCGCAGUCUGCUUCGCGGCCUCAACACUCGCGAAAAUCGAGUCUGCUCGCCGUAGGCGGUAACUCACCCAGCGGAUCGCAAAACGCCUCGUCUGCAAACGACGCCUCGAGCAGUGCGAAACCCUUGAACAUCACAAGCCGAACCAAUGCUGCAGGGAUCAACUUUGGCUCUGUGAGCAAUCCCAACGCGGAGCUUUCAUCAUCGCCGGCGGCCAACCCUACUACGGGAAAACACCUUGCAUCAACUGAUGGAGUCAAGAGUUUCGGUACUGUUGAAGCAGCUGAGGCGAACGAAGAGAAGAGCGCUAUUCUGGGCCGCAAGCCGGCUCAGGCUGGUGGUUCCAAGUUUGACGUGAAUAAAUUGUUCCAAAUGCCAGCGGUCGCGACCUCAUCGCCUGUCGUACAGCAAGCUCGAGGUUACGAUGCACAGGGAAGGCCUGUGCAGAUGGGAGCACCAGGCACCGGCUCCUCUAUGUCAAAUGCGUCUUCGGCACCUCCUGCGGGUCUUGCAUCCGGUUCUUCAGGAAGGAUUCCCAACGGACAGAUGUCACCAGCGAUGUCCAACCAAAACCCGAGAUCACCGACCAUAGGCCAUCAGCAGCCCACCAGCAUGAACAACUUUUCGGGAGGACCUGGACCCGCAACUUUCCGCCCAGGCAACAUUCAGACACCUCCAGGCCGAGGGCCUCCCAACCAGAUGGUUGGAGGAGCUACACGAGGCCAGCCCUCCCAUGCAUUCGGUAUGCACCCUGGUCAGCAACAUGGUGGUCCAGCCUACCCAGGCAUGCCAUAUGGUCCCCAGGGAUAUUAUGCCUACGGGUACUACGGACCUGAUUCCGCCUACGGACCUGGUCCCGGUCAAUGGCAAUCGACGCAGGGAUCUACACCUUUGUCCCCUCGAGCUGGCAAUUCCGCUCUCAACAACGGGCCUUCAGCAGCGCAGGUACCCUCUUCGAGCUCGAGUUCAACCGCUGGACUACCGAUGUCGGGUGCCCCUGCGAACCGACCUGCGCCUAGCCACAACACCAGCAACUUCUCGACUUCGUCGCAAACCUCUGGACCGUCCACACCCGCUCAAAACCACGCUCGCCCGGUUUCCUUCCAGCCCGGUCAGCCUUUCACGCCCGGCCACAUGAGCUCGCCUUCUGCCAAUCUACACGCUUCCGCGAAUGCCUUUGUACCCCGCACCAAGUCGAGUGCGAUCAAAAUCACCCGAGCAGAUGGCACGGCUGUCGACCUGGCCAGUGCAGCAAAAGAGCUGAAAACCCCAACACCGACCGGAACGCCGACGACCUCUACCGCCCCUGUUACGCCUGGAACUCCAGUACCGGCAUUCAAGCCGUCGCUGCCCGCAAUGCCUGUCGUUGUUCGAAUGGAGACAGAAGCACAGAAGGCGAAGCGGCUUUCUGAGCAGGAAGGCGAGAAGCUGCGCAAGGCAACCGAGGCAAAAGAGGAAGCUGAACGACGCGAGCGAGAGAUUGCGCGUAAAGAAAAGGAGGAAAAGGAAGCCAAAGAACGCGAAGACGCCGAAGCCGAGAAGCAGAAGCUCGAGGGCGAGCGGCGUGUAGCUCAAGAAAAGGCCGACGCGCUGGCUGCUAAAGAAAAGGCGCAAGAGGAAGAGAAGACAAAGCAACAGGCUGCGCAAGCUGAGAAGCAGCUCGCGGACGAAGCCGAGCAGAAGAAGGCGAGGGAGCAAGAAGAUGCUCGUCAAGCCGAUGUCGAUGCUGCGAAAGAUUCUUCGGUUCGAGCCGAGAGCGACAGCGAAAUCAAGAUUCGCAACACCGCUAGUCUACCUGCCAAGCCUUCCGCCGAAGUGUUGGAGUCGGUCAGGGCGUCUCCUGCUCCUUCUGCACUUGCUCCUCCCUCAGACGGUAGAACCAGCAACGCACCAUCGCCUGUCGCUUCGCCCUCGCUUUCUCAUGCUACCUUGCCUGCUAAGCCUGCCGCUCUCAGUACCAGCGCUCUUGCACGUAAGGGAGCCCCAUCGGCUCUUAGCUUGCCGCCUUCUGAAGACGGAUCGAGUUCGGCUCAACAGUCAAACGCAUCCGCCCAGGCUUUGCUCACUGCUCGGCCGAUCGAGAAGCUGGAAGAGAUCCGUUAUCCUGAGGGUCUACAAUCACCAAACAAUGCUCUCAACACUGGUGCGCAGCCCGGAAAAUUCAGGUACGAUCGCGACUUCUUGCUUCAAUUCAUGAGUGUAUGUCGAGACAAGCCCGAAUCUUUGCCGCCCUUGGAUCAAUUGGGUAUGGAGCGAGAUCAUGGCAGUAUGGGUCGUGGUGGCAGUAGUCGAGGAGGUCAGCGUUCGGGUAGCCAGAUGGGUAACCCUCGUGGAGCCAAUAUGGGUAUCGGCGGUAUCGGCGGUGGUAUGGGUUCGUUUGGAGGCAAGCCCCCCGGUGGAAUGGGUUCAUUCGGUAUGGGCACCUUCAAUCGGCCUGCUGCCACAAGCGAGGAACGAAUGGCUGCCUCGAGGAUGGGCAACAUGGGCAACGCGUUUGGCUCGGCCCGCAACACGCCCGGUAUGGCUCGUACCCCCAGUCAAUCCGGUCCCGGUGGGUUGAACAUGAUGGCUCCAGGAAUGGGCAGAGAGAGGAGUCAGGCGGGCAGCGCUCGUGGCAAGAGACGGGGUGAACCGAGAGGCGCACCUACGGCGAUGGCAUCCGGGCAGUUCGAACCCGACGUCGCUCCCUUGGAGUUGUCCGCGAACCGAUGGACCCCUGGCGUGCAGUCGCGAAGACCCGGUGCCGUUGACGAAUCUUCCCCUGAAUAUGUCGAGCGUAAGGUCAAGGGUCUGUUGAACAAGCUCACCAAGGAGAAGUUCAACUCGAUCUCGAACCAGAUCCUCGAGUGGGGAAACAAGUCAAUCUCGGAGAACGACGGUCAAACGCUCCGGCUUGUCAUCAAGCUCAUCUUCGAAAAGGCAAAGGACGAGCAGUUCUGGUCUAGCAUGUACGCUGAGCUCUGUCACAAAUUGCUGGAGACCUUGAGUCCGGAGAUCAAGGAUGAGCAGGUCGUGAGCGCGGACGGUACACCUCUGGCUGGAGGAGUCUUGUUCAGGAAGUAUCUGCUGAACCGAUGUCAGGAGGACUUUGAGCGAGGAUGGAAGAACAAAGAAGACGCUUCGGCUGCUGCCAAGACGAAAGCUUCCGAAGAUGAGAAGAACAAGGCGGCCCACGCAGAAGCUGUCGCUGCUGGUAAAGAGGUCGAAGAGUUCAAGUUCUCUGACGAGUACUAUGCGGAACAAGCGGCUAAACGUCAGGGACUGGGUCUCGUCAAGUUCGUUGGAGAGCUCUACAAGCUGGAUAUGCUCUCGCUCAAGAUCAUGAACGCUUGCAUCGUGAAACUCUUGCACAACAUCGUCACGCCUGACGAAGAAGAUGUCGAAUCCCUCUGUCAACUCAUAUCGACCGUUGGAGAGAAGAUUCAAAAGACGAGUCCUAGCGCGGCCGGCACUUUGGGCAUCUUUAUUUCUCGUAUGACCGAGAUGAAAUCGAGUCCGCAUAUCUCUUCGCGAAUGAAGUUUAUGCUCUUGGAGGUCAUCGAGUCUUACGAGAAUGGCUGGAAAUCACGAGCAGGCCAGGGUCAAAGUGGACCUAUGACAAUCGAUGAAGUCCACCGACAGGCUGCGAAGGACCAGGCUGAUGCUGCACGUGCGGCGGCCAGUGCUCCGAUGAGCCGCGAUCAGAGCAUGUCUCGAGGCGGCUCGAGGCGAGGUGACCAACGGUCAGGAUUCGGCGGCCCUCCUGGCGCUUCUGAUGCCUGGCAGUCGGUUGGAAACCGUCCACCUCCAAAGGCUGCCGAUAUGACCGGGUUCGGAAACAUCCGAAGCGGUGCGCCUGGCCCAGGUUCGUUCGGCCCCGCCUCCGUCUUCAACAAGAAGAACUCGAAACCCAAAUCCGGUGACGUUACCCCGCCCAACGGUCCUGCCACUACCCAUGCCAACCCGUUCAGCGCCCUUGGCAUGGACGACGGAUCUGGCGACGUCUCUACCGGGGAGGACAGUACUUCGACUGAAGCUGCGCCUCAGCGCAAAAAAUUGGUAUUGCAGCCUCGUACGGUCUCGAGUAGUAACGUCAACGCCGAUUCCGAAGCCGCUGAAGCUACACCAACCGAGCCGGUGCAGAGUGGUCUAUCUAAGGAUGAAAUCGAACGCAAAAUCAAGGCUGAUCUGGCCGAGUUCUGGGGCGAGAAGGGUACGGUCGGAACCCGAAACACGGACGAUGUCGUGGCGUACUUUGAAGGAUUGCCAGAAGAGGGUCGGCUCGAGCUCGCAAAGAAGCUCGUCGACGACAUCUUCCGGUUGGCGAGUGCAGAUGAUACCUCGCUGGUAACACAGGCUUUCACCAAGGCUGUUGCCGGAGGGGUCCUUACAGCGGAGACGGUCAAGGCCAGCUUAAUGCCUUCGAUGGAGCUUCUCGACGACAUCGCCAUCGAUGUCCCUCAAGCGUAUGCAUUCGCCGCUCAGAUCAUUGUCGCCCUGAAACUGUCCCAAUCAGAUGUCGACGAACUGGCGGACGCGAUCGAAGUCUUGGGAGAGGUGAACCCUCUUCCAAAGGACAAGUUGAAGACGCAAGUCUCAAAGCUGCAAGGGUGAUGACGGGACGAGAGUGAAUACCAGGACCUGGAGCUUUGAAGGAGAGUGUAUAUACGCACAUCAUAUUGCAGAGAUCUCAUUAGCAUCACGAAGAGAUUGGCGAGCCGACGGCCGACUCGUCUGACUACAUAAUACCGGUCGUUACACAUCAGCCCUAGGCGAUCCGGCACCAUCGAUUGUUCUCGCCUCUUUUAUGCACGUGCAAGCACAUUAUCUGUUGUUCAUGCCAUCUUAUAGAUUUUCCUCGAGACGAUCGAGACGAAAAGGUCAACUUAAACCUGCUGACUGUCAUUGUUUACCAUCGUGCCGUUGCCGUAAGCUGAACCGGGAGGUG